GCCCGGACAGUUUUAGACGUGAACACCUUGCUGUCAAAACCAGGAAGUGGGCGAUAGUGUCACUCCUCUUUAACCGCAAAAUUUUCACCGAUGUAACAACAACGUGCACAAAAACUCGUUCAUUUAUGCUCUGUAAGGCAAACGGCAUGCCAGCAAAUCAUUUAUUCGCGCAAAGGAAAUCAAGACAAACGUGACACUGAUGCUGAUGAUUAGCCCCAGAAUGGCCUCAGGAGUCCAAGAGAAACAGUACACAGCAUCUCUGCUCAAUUUCUUUGUGUAUAAUCCCACGUUUGGACCACGGGAAGGAGAGGAAGAGAAGAAGAUUCUUUUUUACCACCCAAGUGAUGUGGAGAAGAAUGAGAAGAUCCGAAAUGUGGGCCUCUGUGAAGCUAUUGUCCAAUUUACCAGAACAUUCUGCCCGACAAAACCAGCAAAAUCCCUGCACACGCAGAAGAAUCGACAGUUUUUCUUUGAGCCUGAGGACAAUUUUUGGAUGGUCAUGGUGGUUCGGAACCCAAUGAUCAAAAAACCUAACAAAGAUGGAAAACCUCCGACGAUAGAGUAUCAGGAAGAGGAAAUACUUGACACAGUCUAUGGUGCAGUGGUAAAGCAGUGCUACACUAUGUAUAAGCUUUUCAAUGGUACCUUUGGGAGAGCCAUGGAGGCUGGCGGAGUGGAGCUACUAACUCAGAAGCUUGAAAAGUUCUUCUACCGGUAUCUGCAGACACUUCACCUGCAGUCCUGUGACCUGUUGGACGUAUUUGGAGGUAUCAGCUUCUUCCCGCUGGACAAGAUGACAUACCUGAAGAUCCAGUCGUUUGUCAACCGGGUGGAGGAGAGUCUCACCCUCAUCAAAUACACGGCCUUCCUUUAUAACGACCAGCUCAUCUGGAGCGGCCUGGAACAAGACGACAUGCGGAUCCUGUACAAGUACCUGACCACAUCGCUGUUCCCCAGGCACUCCGAGCCGGAGUUGGCUGGCAGGGACUCUCCUCUGAGGCCGGAAGUUGCGGGCAAUUUAUUGCACUACGGGAGGUUUUUGACAGGACCGCCCAAUCUUAAAGACCCCGAGGCCAAAUUCCGUUUCCCCAAAAUAUUUGUCGGCGCAGACGAGGGCCACGAGGAGCUGCAUCUGAUCGUGUAUAAGGCGAUGAGUGCUGCUGCCUGUUUUAUGGUCAACGCCUCCGUGGAGUUGACGAGGGAGUUCUGUGAGCAGUUGGACGGGCUGGUGGGUCCGCAGCUCACCUUGCUGGCGUCUGAUAUAUGCGAGCAGUUCACCAUCAACCGCAGGAUAUCGGGGCCGGAGAAGGAGCCCCAGUUUAAGUUUAUCUACUUUAACCACAUGAACCUGGCAGAGAAAAGCACCAUACACAUGAGGAAGACGGCCAGUGUCUGUCUCACCUCCGUCCAUCCUGACCUCAUGAAGAUUCUGGGGGACAUCAACUGUGACUUUGCCAGAGUUGACGAAGAUGAAGAGAUCAUAGUAAAAGCUAUGACGGACUACUGGGUUGUUGGCAAAAAGUCUGACCAGCGAGAACUGUACGUGAUCUUAAAUCAGAAGAACGCCAAUCUCAUUGAAGUCAAUGAGGAGGUUAAGAGGCUUUGUGCGACGCAAUUCAACAACAUUUUCUUCCUGGACUGAUGGAAUGGACGCAGAGACUUUUUGGCCACACUACAAACUGUCAGUGUUGCAGGGUAUCACGGCAGCAUCAGUGUAAUGCAAAAGUUGCAUUGUAAUAUUAAAAAAAAAAGAAGAAAAAAAAUUCUCAUCCUUUUUUUUUUGUAAUUUAACCUUAAAAAUGUCAUUUUGUCAGUAAGUGUAUAAAAGUACUUCAUCAUGUCACUGUCUUUGCACAUAACUUCUUUUUAGGAUUUCUGUUUUCUUGGGAUGUCUGUCUUAUCAUUGAACAAUUUCUGGUUCUCAAAAUGUUAUUUCAAGUUGCUAUGAUCACUGAUUUUUUUUUUUUUUUUUUU